UGUGUCAUUGUACUGCAGUAACCCAGGUAGUUUGUUUACAGCUACAUUACAAGUGAAAAGUUUUUUUUUCUCCCUAAAGCCACACUUUAACACAAUUAAGACACCGAACGGAGAUCUCUGCGCCAGGAAUGAAGUAGAAGAAGAGGUACAGUCGGCUUUCUUUUCUCUCUCUAGACCAGCACAGACAACAAGUUAAAGAAAGUGAGAGUUUAAAACGCGAGGAUGGCGAGUUCGCCAACAACUGGACAUUUAUUUUCGAAUGUUCACGUUAAUAAUAAUAAUAACCUCAUUAAAAAAUGCGGAUACCUGAAGAAGCAGAAGCAUGGACACAAGCGGUUUUUCGUUUUGAAAGAGCAGAGUGAUGGCUUUCCUGCCAGGCUGGAGUACUACGAGAACGAAAAGAAAUGGAAAAACAAGUCAGCUGCGAAAAGGGUUAUACCCCUGGACUCCUGUCUGAAUAUCAACAAGAGAGCAGACGCCAAACACAAACACCUGAUCGCCCUUUACACCAAGGACGAGUAUUUUGCCGUAGCUGCUGAAAACGAGCAGGAGCAAGAAAGCUGGUACAUCGUCCUAACUGAACUAAUGAAUGAGGGGAAAGUGUAUGACGGAUCGGCUUCUACUUCAACUUCCUCGCUGUCGGGAUUUGAAGAGGCAAACUACGGUCUGAUUACCCCUGCUAGCGCAGUUUACAAGGAGGUUUGGCAAGUAAAUUUGAAAUCAAAAGGACUGGGGCAAAGCAAAAAUUUAACCGGGGUUUACAGAUUGUGUCUUUCCAGCCGGACUAUUAGCUUUGUGAAAUUAAACUCGGAGGCUCCAUCUGUCAUUUUGCAGCUCAUGAAUAUUCGAAGAUGCGGGCACUCUGACAAUUUUUUCUUCAUCGAAGUAGGCAGGUCUGCAUCCACGGGACCUGGGGAGCUUUGGAUGCAAGCAGAUGAUUCAGUGGUGGCUCAGAACAUUCACGAGACUAUUUUAGAAGCAAUGAAAGCAAUGAAAGAAUUAUCAGAAUUCAGACCCCGGAGUAAAAGUCAGUCGUCUGGUACCAACCCCAUUUCUGUGCCCACCAGGCGGCACCUGAACAACCUGCCACCCAGUCAGACAGGGCUGCCUAGGAGGUCAAGGACAGACAGCAUGGCAGCGACAUCCCCUGCCAAUAAAUUCACCUCCUGCCGAAUAAGGACGGCAAGCGAAGGGGAUGGCACGAUGUCAAGGCCGGUUUCGGUAAAUGGGAGCCCCAUUAGUCCUAGUGCAAUCAGAACGCACCUGAGCCGUUCCAAUACUGUUACCACCAGACCCUCAAGAAUGUUCCAGACCUCUUCACUUCAGCACAGCAAAUCAAUGUCAAUGCCAGUUUCUCAUUCGCCACCUUCAGCCACCAGCCCCGUGAGUCUGUCUUCGAGCAGCGGACAUGGCUCGGCAUCAGACACCAUCCAGCGGCCAUCUAGCGGAAGUGCCUCAGUCUCAGGAUCACCAAGUGAUGGUGGCUUCAUGUCCUUUGACGACUAUGGGUCUAGCCCAGGGGAUAUGAAACACUGCCUGGGCAAUAGGAGCAACACUCCGGAGUCUAUUGCCGACACGCCCCCUUCCCGGGAGGGCAGCGAUCUGUAUGGCUACAUGACGAUGGAGAGGCCAGUCAACAGUAUUUUUAACCUCAACGGCAGGCGGUUUUGCAAAGACGACAUUUUGGAUUCUGAAAAGGCGUACAGAAAGAGAACCUACUCCCUGACCACACCCCCACAACAGCGGGCUACAUCGCAGGUCUCUUCUGCUUCGCUGGAUGAGUACACAUUGAUGAGGGCCACGUACACUAAUGGCAGCUCUGGCCGAAGUUCUUAUGCAGCUUCUCCUAAAGUUACUUAUACGCCUUACCCAGAGGAUUAUGGGGACAUCGAAAUAGGGUCCCAUAAAAGCUCAAGCAGCAACUUGGGUGAUGACGGAUACAUGCCCAUGACUCCCGGUGUUGCCCCACAAGCCAGCAAGAAGGAAAAUUACAUGCCAAUGAGUCCCACGAGUGUUUCUGCUCCAAAGCAAAUCAUCAAUCCCAGAUCACAUCCAGAAACAAAUGGGAAUAGAUACAGAACAAAUUCGCCUGGCAGCUGCUCUCUUGAUGACAACGGCUAUAUGAGAAUGUGGUGUGGCUCCAAGUUAUCCGUUGAGAGCUCUGAUGGAAAGCUAACAAAUGGGGACUACAUGAACAUGUCGCCCAUCGAUCACUGCGUCUCGCUGACGCCACCUGAUUACUUCCUCAGCUCUUUGACCAACGAAUCCGCAAGACCUUCCUACUCUUUCAACUCACUGCCCCGGUCUUACAAAUCACAGGGCUCCAAAAAUGGGGAUAGUGACCAGUACGUUGUGAUGAACCUGCAAAAUCAAAAGAUUAUUGAGGAGUCCAAUUACUGUUCUACAGCUUCUACUGCAGCGGUUGUAAACCACUUUGCGCCUUCACCAGUAAGACAAAGUAGAAAUGAAAACUUGUUGCAAAGAGGAAGGGCCAGCAGGCCAACCAGGCUGUCUCUAGACACACUGAGGACUUUGCCAAGUAUGAAUGAACACCCUUUGCCCGCUGAGCCAAAAAGCCCUGGUGAGUAUAUUAACAUAGACUUCAGUGAAACUACAAGGUACUCCCCACCAUCUCUGUCUACAGAGAGUCCAGCUUCUUCCUUAGGAUCCACCAAUGACCAGCGAAGAUCACCUUUGUCAGAUUACAUGAACAUUGACCUGAAUGCACAGUCUCCUAAAUCGGUGGAGGCCCCUGCUGAUACAAUGAAUGUAAUGUCUGCAUUAUCAUGCUCAAUUCAACCAGAUGCCGAGUACCUCAAAACACAGAUUGCCUCUGUGUGUCUCUCUGGCUCUACAAAGGACGAUUACACGGAAAUGACAUUUGGUGUUACAAACACACCUCCCCAGCCCAUUUCGCAGAAGUCAGAAAAGGCUCAAAGCAUGAGCCCCACCAGUGGGGUGAAGAGGUUAAACCUGAUGGAACAGGUGUCGGGGGUGGAGGCGUUUUUGCUGCCCAGCACCCCUCCAGACCCUGACAGAGGGGCAAAAGUGAUCCGGGCAGACCCACAGGGACGCAGGCGGCACAGUUCUGAAACGUUCUCAUCCACCACUACUGUAACGCCUGUCUUUCCUUCUUUUGCCCAUGAUCCCAAGAGGCAUAGCUCUGCCUCUGUAGAAAACGUCUCUCUCAGGAAAAGUGAGGGCACUGAUGAAGAGUACGGCAGCCCCAUGUGUCGUGAGACCUCUGCGGGAUUUCAAAAUGGACUGAACUAUAUUGCCUUAGACCUGAUGGAUGAAAACUUGGGCAACUGUGAAACCCUUGUUAAACUUAAAACUGCAAGGUAUUUAAAAGGUGGCAUCAGUGGAUUAGAUGCCAGUCCUUACACCAGCCUUGGCUUUUUAAAGGAAACAGCCACUGCUGUUAAAGAUUAAAUGAAACCUCUUUCUCCUCUGCAAACACUGUGCGGUUUGAUGCCUCAGAAGCUGCUCCGAGAACGACUGUAACACACGCUGCUAUAGAUUAACCGCCUCAGACUUUGGUAUGCCAGGAGGACAGCUGUGGCACUGUCAGAAUUGUGCAUUGAAUCCACAAAGCUGAAGCUCUCUGCCUCACUUACUUUUAAUCAGGAACCAUCACCUUGCUGCUUUCUAGACAAGUACAGUCGUACACUGUACUUUUCCUCUUUAAAUUUCUUCUUUUUAUGGCCUAACCUGCCAUAGCUCUGGACUGUACAUGGCUGGUACCCCUUCAUUUGCAAGACCUGUGAACAAAGCUGGAGAUGACCACACACUCCCACACUAAAGAAGAAACAUACAUUUAUGUAGUAUGUGUAUAUAGUAGAUGUGUGUUUGUGGGUUUGUGUUUACAGCGUCUUCUGUAGUACAGAAUUGGAAACUGGAACUGAGUUUAAAAUUUUAAUAAUCAGAACCGGCUGGGAGCCCUACCUCAGAAAGAAAAAAGCCAGGUUAUCUUUUGCAGAAUAAUGAAUGGAUUUCAGUUACUUUCAAUACAGAAUGUCUCACAAGACCAAUCCAAAGCCUUACUGACUUUAUCAUAUAGUAUUUCUACUAAAGACUAAAUGUUUGGACCUAAAAUGAAAAAGAAAACAAAACAUUUGCCAUUAAGACCGAAUGUUUCCUGAUGGUAGCAUGAAAACAUGAUGCUUGUUUUUCGGAAUGCUCAAAUCUAUUAAAUUAAAGACUCUUCUUAUCUUC